AGUCUGGUCAUCAUGGCAUUGGCACUUAAAGAGAUAGUGCUUCAUCUCUUCAUAAUCAAUUUGGUGCUUCUUCAACAGAUCAAAGUUGAUGCACAAAAGUUUCAAAAAUCAGGAUUGAUGAAAUGCAGAUUUGAUAGAAUUUAUCAGUUUGGCGACUCACUUUCUGAUACCGGAAACUGUCUCAGGGAGAGCUUUUGUGGAGCUAAUUCUGCAUGUAGAAAACUUCCGUAUGGAAUGAACGUUUUCAAAAAAGCCACUGGACGAUGUUCUGAUGGCAUGCUCAUGAUUGAUUUCAUAGCUUCGGAAUCUGGUCUUCCUCUCCUCAAUCCGUACAAGGAUGGAAAGGCAAAUUUCAGUCAUGGUGCGAAUUUUGCAGUAGCAGGGGCUACUGCUUUAUCAGCAGAAUUCCUGGCAAAGAAGAACAUUUCUAUGUCCUUCACAAAUAGUUCAUUAAGUGUGCAACUUGGAUGGAUGUCUUCUCUUUUCAAAUCCAACUGUCUCCCUGAAAAAUCGAAGAAGUCACUUGUUCUAGUUGGAGAAAUAGGAGGAAAUGAAUUCAAUUAUGGCUUAGCUCAAGGUAAAACCAUCGAAGAGUUGCGAAAAAUGGUGCCAGAUGUUGUUCAAACUAUCAUUCAUGGGGUUAAAGAAGUGAUUGGUUUUGGGGUUACUCGAAUUAUAAUUCCGGGCAAUUUCCCAAUUGGUUGUGUCCCAGCUAUGCUAACACAUUUUUUGACAAAUAAUUCAAAUGCAUAUGAUGAAUACCAUUGCUUGAAAGAUUUAAAUAAUUUUGCAACAUUCUACAACCAUCAUCUGCAACAAGCCAUAGAUGAGUUGAAUAAAAACUACCCAAACGUUACACUCAUUUACGGUGACUACUACAACGCCUUUCUGUGGCUUCUCAAAAACGCUGCCUCUCUUGGAUUUGACAAGAAUUCUCUACAGAAAGUUUGUUGUGGAAUAGGAGGAGAGUAUAAUUAUGAUGUAAGUAAAAAGUGUGGUGCUCCAGGAGUCCCUGUGUGUGUUAACCCAAGUACUUACAUCAGUUGGGAUGGAAUUCAUUUGACGCAAGCAGCAUAUAAAUGGUUGGCAAGAUGGCUAAUUGAUGACAUGUUACCCCAAUUAAACUGCUAUGCUGAAGUUAUUACUCUUAACCAGUUUAGUAUCCAUGCGAUGAGCGAUUUUCUAGGUAAAGUGUCUGAAUCAGGGUUAUUAGUUGUGCGGAUUUAAGCCAUUGUCAUGUAGCUAGUUGGCUUUUGACGAGAUGGCUACAUAUUGAUGACAUUGAAGCACAUAAUGAAUUAAAUAGAAAACUGUUAGUAUCUCUUUAUUGAGCAAGUGCAUUACUCUCCUGAAUGAUAAGUUUUUAUUAUUAUCUACUUCUCUCGACAUGGUGGGAGGGUGGUUCGGUGCACACCCUUCACCGAAAAAUUAUGUGGUGUACAAAGGUU